GCUCGAUGGCAGGAUCUUGUGAGAUCAGCAACAUCUUCUCUAACUACAUCAGCGCCAUGUACCAGCCAGAGGAAGUGCAGCCAACCUUGGACAUGCUGGGACACCUUGGGGAAGACAGCAGCCUGGGGCUGAGUGUCCCCACCAGCCAGCCCCCGUCACAGGGCACAGACAAGCCAGAGUGGUUCAAUGAGCUCCCAUACUUCUGGACCAAGGUGCAGGUGCUGGAGUGGAUCAGCUACCAUGUGGAGAAGAACAAGUAUGAUGCCAGCUCUAUCGACUUCUCCUGCUGCAACAUGGAUGGGCAUGCGCUCUGCCACUGCACCAGGGACCAGAUGCGCCUGAUCUUUGGGCCCCUGGGGGAUGAGCUCUAUGACCGCCUGCAUGAGAUUACCUCGGAUGAGCUGAACUGGAUCAUUGACUUGCUGGAAAAAGAGGAUGCAACUUCCCAGACCUUCCUGGACUCCAACCACCUGGACCUGGGAAAUCCCUGUACCAAGGACUCCCUGGAAGACAUGAAACCCACAAACCCUUUCCUAUCCACAGACUUCACCUGCUUGCCUGGUGCCAUGUCCCCAGGCAGCUCCGAUGUCUCAGGGCCUGUGAUGUCCCACAGCCCCAACUCCCAGGACUCCGGUGGAAGUGACCUCGACCUCGACCCCAUCUUCCCUGAUGACCACUUUGCAGGGAGCAAGAAAGGGGACAGUAAACACGGCAAGCGGAAACGGGGACGGCCCCGAAAACUCAGCAAGGAGAGCAGAGACUGCCUGGAGAACCGGAAAAGCAAGCACUCCCCAAGAGGUACUCACCUGUGGGAAUUCAUCCGGGAUAUCCUGAUCCACCCCGAGCUGAACGAGGGACUAAUGAAGUGGGAGGACCGACGGGAAGGGGUCUUCAAGUUCCUGCGCUCAGAAGCUGUGGCUCAGCUCUGGGGCCAGAAGAAGAAAAACAGCAGCAUGACCUAUGAGAAGCUGAGCAGAGCCAUGCGAUAUUACUACAAACGAGAGAUCCUGGAGAGAGUUGAUGGGCGGCGACUGGUGUACAAGUUUGGGAAGAACUCCAGUGGCUGGAAGGAGGAGGAGGUUCUCAACAGGAACAAGGAGCUGUAG